GUUAUUUAAAAUUGGAGAUAGAAUACGUGUUUUUGUACAACUAUUUGAUUCCUAUGGGAAAAGGAAAACAACAGGCGGCGAUUAUCUUCGUGCUAGAAUAUGGAAAGAAGAGUUUAAUAUGACAGCACCUGGAAUAGUGUUUGAUAAUACAAACGGAUCAUAUCUGAUAAUAUUUGAAUGUUUCUGGAGCGGACCAUCACAGAUAAUUGUAUCAAUAGCAUAUACGCAAGAAGCUGUUUCAGCACUGUUUAAGUUAAUGACAAAGGUACUUGCUAUGGUAAACAUUGAAGCAAGAUACGAACGUGGAAAUGAAACGGAAGAUUUGUUCUGUCAUCCCGACAUAGACCGCUUAAAGAUACAUACACAUUAUAAAGAAAUUUGCAAUUUUACUAGUUUGAAUUCGGGAUUACCAUGGUUUUGUGGGAAACCUAAAAGAAAAACUUUAGAAUGCAAGGAUUGGAAAUAUAGCAGACAUACAUACCAAGAUAAUACAAUUUUGCUAAAUCAAUGUGAAAAAGAUGUUUUGAAAAGAUCGCAUCAAAGGCUUGAACAAACUAUUAACGUUUCUAUUCAGGAGGCAAAGCAGACGACAGAACGCCUCUCUUGUUUCAAAUAUAAUAUUACUAAUUUGUGGUUUCUGAAACAGACAACCGGAUAUUUACAGAACACGACUUGGCAUACAACACAUUGCAAAGGUUUAAUCGGAAAAAAACUUGGCCGUUGUAUCAGAAAUAAAACGCUUUACCUAUUUGGAGACUCAACUGUUAGACAAUGGUAUUCAGCAAUAAAAAGACGGAUUAAUUGUAAACAAUUUACGAAGAAAAUGACAUAUCCAAUAUCUAAAUUAACAAAAGCAGGAUGUACCGCGACAAAUAAUAACUUUACAAUGUUUUUAGCACCGCAUUCUUAUCCGUUUUAUAUUAGCAAAAACCACUGGAAAUAUGCUUUGGAUUAUUUAACUUCAAUAUCUAGACGAAUUGACCAAAUAUCACCAUUUGAAGAUGCAGUCGUUUUGAUCCAUGUAUUUGCACACAUGAAAACGUUCCACUAUAAAAACUUCAGGAAAACGAUCAGCCACAUCCGUCAUGCCAUUGAAAGACUUUUAGAAAGGAAUAAACAUGUUAAAAUAUUCAUUAAGAUGCCACAUACAUUUACUGAGAAUAUUGCAGGAUUGAAUGACUUUUUCGGAUGGCAAUUUUCAAAAAUAAUAUUCGAGACAUUUGAUGGGCUAUUUGAUGAAGUAAUACCCUUAGAUCAAAAAGACGCAACCAUUGCAGCAAUGUCAAAAUUCUUGCACCCCCCUAACUUUAUAGUUGAGGCUAUGGUUAAUCAAAUGUUUAGUUACGUGUGUGAGUAAUUGAUCACACUUGAGAAAUUUGGAGAAAACAACAAAUAUUUAGAUUACCUAGAUGAGCAGAUAUUCAUUUUCUUUUGUUUAGAAUCUUAGGUCAAUCAAAAAAAUGUUAUGAAAUACAACUCAGUUACUGAAAGUGACAAGUUACGGUUAGUUUAUAUGAAUGCAAACACCAUGUUGCCGGUGCUAGGGGGCGUAAAGUAUGUUGCACUUUUUCAGUAGCUAUCACGAACAAACUCAAUCAAACCGUGUCUGCACGUUUCAUAUAUUUUUGCUGUUAUAAAUGAUUGCGAGGGAUCACUUUGUUUCCAUAUAUUUAUAUUGUCUGUAAGAUGAUAGACACAAGAAUUAAAACGGAAAUUUAUUUAGAAAAACAAAAUAAACAUGUUUGAUUUAGCCCGGUUUUCAAUUUUUCGAUUUUAAAAUUCAUUUUAUUUAGUUCCACAUUGUUUUCUCGUUUAGGGCAUAUGCAUUUUUUUUACUUGGGGACCAUAUGCCGCUUUUCAUGGAAUGGCACUUACGUGUCACAUUGAAGGUUCCAUGAUAACCGCCAUAUGAACACAUCUGCGGAUGUUUCAAAAUUCCAAAUUGUACCAUUUCAUGUUUAAUGUUGAAUUCUGUUUAAGCCGGUGCUAGGGGGCUUGGACGUUAGUUUGCACAUGACAGGACCGUCCAUGAACAGGCUCAAUCAAACCGAGCCUGC